GGAUGAGGAUAGGAGAAAAUAUUUUCAAAUUGCAUACCUGAUAAGGAUCUAGUAUCCAGAAUAUAUAAAGAACCCAUAGAACUCAGCAAUAGGCCGGGUGGAGUGGCUUAUGCCUGUAAUCCCAGCACUUUGUGAGGCCGAGGUGGGUGGAUCACCUGAGGUCAGGAGUUCGAGACCAGCCUGGCCAACGUGGUGAAACCCCCUCUACUAAAAAUACGAAAAUUAGCUGGGCGUGGUGGUGUGCACCUACAAUUCCAGCUAACUUGGGAGGCUGAGGCAGGAGAAUUGCUUGAACCCGGAAGGCAGAGGUUGCAGUGAGCCAAGAUCACACCACUGUACUCCAGCCUGGCGACAGAGCAAGACUCCGUCUCAAAAAAUAUAUAUUAAAACAAAACCAUGAGAUGCCACACUACACCCAUUACGAUGGCUAUACUAAAACAAAAAGCAGUGUUGGAGAGGAUGUCGAGAAAUGAGACCCUCAUCCACUGCUACUGGGAAUGUAAAAUGCAGCCACUUUGGCAAACAGAACCUCAAAAAGCAGCAUUAGCAUAUGACCACAGUUCCACUCCUAGGUACAUUCUCAAGAGAAUUGAAAAUGUGCCCACAGAAGCCUGCGCACAGAUGCUCAUGGCAGCAUUAUUUACAGUAGCCCCACAGUGGAAAAAACCAAAUUCUGCAUCCACCGAUGAAUGAAAGUGUGAUACGUUCACAGGAUGGAAUAUUACUCAACUGUGAAAAGGAAUGAAGCAAUCACAGUCGAGGAGGAACCUUGAAAAAGUAACAAAAGCCAGACACAAAAGGUCACAUGUUGUGUGACUGCAUCCUAUGAAAUGUCCAUUACGGGCAAAACCAUGGAAACAAGAAGUAGCUUAGUCGUUACUGGGGACAGGGGAGAAUGGAGAGUUACCAUUUAAUGGGUGUAGUGUUUCGUUUUGGGGAAGUAAGAAGGUUCUGGAAUUGGUGAUGGUUGCACAACCUUGUUGAUAUACUAAAAGCUGUUGGGUGCUGUGGCUCAUGCCUGUAAUCUGGGCACUUUGGGAGGCUGAGGCAGGAGGAUCCCUUGAGCCAGGAGUUCAAGACCAGGCUGGGCAACACAGUGAGACCCUGUCUCUACAAAAAAUAUAUUUUUAUUAUAUUUUUUUGAGACAGAGUCUCACUCUGUCAUCCACGCUGUAGUGCGGUGGUGCGAUCUCAGCUCACUGCAACCUCCGCCUCCCGGGUUCAAGUCAUUCUCCUGCCUCAGCCUCCCGAGUACUUGGGAUUACAAGCACGUUCCACCACACCCGGCUAAUUUUUGUAAUUUUAGUCGAGACGGGGUUUCACCAUGUUCGCCAGGCUGGUCUCGAACUCAUGACCUCAAGUGACCUGCCCACCUCGGCCUCCCAAAGUGCUGGGAUUACCGCCAUAAGUCACUACACCCAGCCUCAAAAACUAUAUUUUUAAAAAUUAGCAGCUGGGUGCAGUGGCUCAUGCCUGUAAUCCCAGCACUUUGGGAGGCCGAGGCAGGUAGAUCGCGAGGUCAGGCGUUCGAGACCAGCCUGGCCAAGAUGGUGAAACCUCAUCUGUACUAAAAAUACAAAAAUUAGCUGGGCAUGGUGGUGGGUGCCUGUAGUCCCAGCUACUAGGGAGGCUGAGGCAGAAGAAUUGCUUGAACCCAGGAGGUGGAGAUUGCAGUGAGCAGAGAUCACGCCAUUGCACUCCAGCCUGGGUGACAGGGUGAGACUCCAUGUCUCAAAAAAAAAAAAAAAAAAAAAAUAGCCAGGCACGGUGGCUCACGCCUGUAACCCCAAUACUUUAGGAGGCCAAGGCAGGAGAUUUGCUUGAUCCUCCCAGGAGUUAGAGAUCAGCCUGGGCAACAUAGCAAGAUCCUGUUUCUAUAAAAAAUACAUUUUUAAAAAUUGGCCAGCUGGGCGCAGUGGCUCACACCUGCAAUCCCAGCGCUUUGGGAGGCUGAGGUGGGUGGAUCACCUGAGGUCAGGAGUUCAAGACCAGCCUCACCAACAUGGAGAAACCCUGUCUCUACUAAACAUACAAAAUUAGACAGGUGUGGUGGCACAUGCCUGUAAUCCCAGCUACUCAGGAGGCUGAGGCAGGAGAAUCACUUGAACCCAGGAGGUGGAGGUUGCAGUGAGCCAAGAUCGAGCCAUUGUACUCCAGCCUGGGCAACAAGAGUGAAAACUCCGUUUCAAAAAAAAACAACAACAAAAAAUUGGCGGGGGUGCCAGGCACGGUGGCACACGCCUGUAAUCCCAGCACUUUGGGAGGCCAAGGCGGGUGGAUCACUUGAGAUCAGGAAUUUGAGACCAGCCAAGCCAACGUCGUGAAACCCCGUCCCUACUAAAAAUACAAAAAUUAGCUGGGCAUGGGGCAUGUGCCUGUAAUCCCAGCUACUUGGGAGGCUGAGGCAGGAGAAUCGCUUGAACCCAGGAGGCAGAGGUUGCAGUGAGCCCAGAUCACGCCACUGCACUCCAGCCUGGACGACAAAGGAGACUCCAUCUUAAAAAAAAAUUAAUUAAAUAAAUUUUAAAAAUUAGCCGGAGCAUGGUGUUGUGUGCCUGUGGUUCCAGCUACUGGGAAGGCUGAGGUGGGAGGAUUAACCGAACCUGGGAGUUUGAGGCUCCAGUUAGCUGUGAACUGACCUCCCUGGGUGACAUAUAUAUAUUUAAGCCACUGAGCUGUGAAGGUUGUGAAGGUAUGUGAGUUAUGUCUUGAAAAAUACACACAUAGUGAGCGCCAAAUCCCGGGAGUAGUGUUUAAGUGGCGGGCUUGUCAGCUGUCAAGGGCUCUGCAGCCCUUUCUCUGAAUCCAAGUUGUUCUUCCUGUGGACAGGGAACCGAGGCUGCGAACUGGGAGGAUGUGGCCUCGUGGGGGGCAGGGCCAGCGUGCUGUGAUGGGGAUGGGGCUGGGCAGGUUGGGGCUGCCUGCUACUCCCCACUCCUGACUCUGGGUGGGGACAGAAGGCAGAGGGAGGCUCCUGGCACCUGGGGCACAGGAAUCUCAGGCAUGUGGUCCUGAGCCUGUUUCCAAAAGCCAGACCCUCCUCCCCAGGGCGGAGAGACUGGGAGGGGCCCCAAUCCAGGCUCCGGGAUGGCUUGGCUGGCAUCUGGGGUUCCAGUGGCCUGUCUCCCUUGGCCCUGGCAGUGGGGCUGGAUACUGGCCUGCCUCCCACCAGAGUUCCCCCAGCUCCUCCCUGCUGUGGGCUGGCCUGGGAGGAAUGGGGUGGGGUGCACUUACAUUUGCAGGUCUUUCCAGCCCCUGGGGCAGCCUGAUUAACCAGCUUCUCCAGGGCCAAGCUGUUGGGGGUGGGGUGCAGCCCGAAGCAGCCAGACCAGCCCCUGAGCCUCCCGGGUGCUGGCGGCUGUCAUGGGGCUACCCUGGGGGCAGCCUCACCUAGGGCUGCAGAUGCUCCUCCUGGCGUUGAACUGUCUCCGGCCCAGCCUGAGCCUGGAGCUGGUGCCCUACACACCACAGAUAACAGCUUGGGACCUGGAAGGGAAGGUCACAGCCACCACCUUCUCCCUGGAGCAGCCGCGCUGUGUCUUCGAUGGGCUUGCCAGCGCCAGUGAUACCGUCUGGCUCGUGGUGGCCUUCAGCAAUGCCUCCAGGGGCUUCCAGAACCCGGAGACACUGGCUGACAUUCCGGCCUCCCCACAGCUGCUGACCGAUGGCCACUACAUGACGCUGCCCCUGUCUCUGGACCAGCUGCCCUGUGACAACCCCAUGGCGGGCAGCGGAGGCGCCCCCGUGCUGCAGGUGGGCCAUGACCACGGCUGCCACCAGCAGCCCUUCUGCAACGCGCCCCUCCCUGGCCCUGGACCCUAUCGGGUGAAGUUCCUCCUGAUGGACACCAGGGGCUCACCCAGGGCUGAGACCAAGUGGUCAGACCCCAUCACUCUCCACCAAGGUAGCGCUGGGCAGGAGGGGCGCUGCCCCCAGUGGACUCACGAUCUCUCUGGGCCACCUCUGCUGAGCUGGCCACACCCCUGCUCCCAGAGGGCUGGGGGCCUGGAGGCCAUGUCCAAGUCGGGCCCAGCCCCCAACAGAACCUCAUGCUGGGGGAGUGGGGCACCCAGCCAGCCCCCUCGGCAGGGGCACCAUCUUGGCCCAUCCGCAAGCGUUUGCCACAUUGUGGGCACAGACAGCCUCCCCCCUCCUGUAGGGAGUCAGCCUGUGUCAGCCCCUGCUGGGAGGGAGGAAGAGGGUGUGGAGGAGGUCAGGGUCAGGGUCGGGGCUGGCUGGGGAGGCAGCCAGCUUGAGUUCUGAGCAGACCCCAAGGGGCAAGCGUGAAUGUACCAGGCCCAGAAGUUUCGAGUGCCACGGCCCAGGUGUCGGGGGUGGGGGUCUCCUGGGAGACGGCUUCAGAGGUCAGGGGGUGUGGGGUGGAAGUCUUGUCAUCUGAAGGCCUUGACUGCUGGGCUCCAGGGAGCAGGGCAGUGGAUGAGCACGUGGGUGGGAGCAGCCUAGAAGGUAGGAGCAGGGCGGAGGCUGUGGUCCAGGCUGGCAGAGAACAGAUGCUGUGCCGUCCCGAGGAAGAGGGACGGGGGGUGGGAUCAGGGGGGCGCCUGGGGAUAUGAGACAGCCAGGCCUUGAAGCUAGGCCA